GUGAUAGCCGUGAUUAACUCCAGAGUAAGGAUAGAUCUCCAAUACAGGCUGACACGUAUCUUGACAGUUGCUCCGCCCACACGAUUAGUAUAAUAAUCAGCUCUAGUGAUGUCGAUUUCAGUAUAACCACGAGAGUACAAUUAAGAAUAGGAAUAUGUUCGUUUGUGCCGAUCCAGCUCGGACUUUGGCCGCAGUAUCAAUGGCAACGAAACAACCGAUGAAGGUACCAACAAUUACGGCGGUACCAAGCCCGGCAAAUAUGUUCAUGGCUUUGCCAAUGUUAAAUUUCACACCACAACAAGUUGCACAAGUUUGCGAAACUUUGGAAGAAAGUGGCGAUAUUGAACGCCUUGGACGUUUUCUAUGGUCGUUACCCGUUAACCCGGGCGCCCUGGAAGCCCUCAACAAAUGCGAAUCAGUACUAAGGGCCAGAGCCCUUGUAGCCUUCCAUACGGGAAAUUUCAGAGACCUUUAUCACAUCUUGGAGUCGCACCGAUUUACAAAGGAAUCCCAUGCCAAACUGCAGGCUAUGUGGCUCGAGGCUCAUUACCAAGAAGCCGAGAAACUAAGGGGAAGACCCCUCGGUCCAGUGGACAAGUACCGUGUCAGGAAGAAGUUCCCAUUACCAAGGACUAUUUGGGACGGGGAACAAAAAACACAUUGUUUUAAAGAAAGGACUAGGGGACUUUUAAGGGAAUGGUAUCUUCAAGAUCCAUAUCCCAAUCCUACAAAAAAGCGGGAGCUAGCACAGGCCACUGGUCUAACCCCAACACAAGUCGGCAACUGGUUCAAAAAUAGACGACAAAGAGACAGAGCAGCAGCAGCCAAAAAUAGAUUACAUCUAAACAGAAGCCACUCAUCAUCCAGUAUGGAUGGGGUCGGAGAACAUGACAGUAAAUCCCCGCCCAUGUCCCCUCUAUCGAUGACGUCAGACGAAGAUGACCUAUGACAUUUCAAUUGAUAUCACGAUGGACUUAAAUUAUAUCAUCGGGUGAUACCUAUAUUCAAGACACCUCCCGGUCUUCAUAGUGCCUGCCUAGCCACUUUAAAACCACGAAGAAGGAACCGUUCGGAAAUAUCUCUCACUCGGAAUGAUAGCUACGAGGACGUGCGAUAGUACGGGGAUCCAUGGCGGCAGCCGCGUUGAUAAGAAGCUGCAAGAACCAAAAUGCCAAUUAAUAAACUAUAAAUAUUUAUUUGUGAACAAUUGACAUUAGACAUGUCGAACAUGCUUUGAAACCAGUGCUAAUUUUAUUUUACAUUAUGGUCGUUUUGACCUAGUUCAUUUUUAAUAA